AAACUACCCCUAACCAUCUUGUAGAAUUUACCCGUGUCGCUUCGAGAAAAAUCGAAGGAAGGAACAGAUCUGAAGAAGAAUGGAGUGCGUGUUCGGUCUCGUUGGUAAUGGAUUCGCUAUCGUUGCGGCGGACACGUCGGCGGUUCACAGCAUCCUUGUACACAAGAACAACGAGGACAAGAUCAUGGCCCUUGACUCUCACAAGCUCAUCGCUGCAAGCGGCGAGCCUGGUGACCGGGUUCAGUUUACGGAGUAUGUACAGAAGAAUGUGUCACUGUAUCAGUUCCGGAACGGCAUCCCUUUGACUACCGCUGCUGCUGCCAAUUUCACUCGCGGUGAGCUCGCCACUGCUUUGCGAAAGAAUCCCUACUCUGUGAACAUCCUGAUGGCUGGCUACGACAAAGAAGCAGGCGCAUCUCUUUACUACAUUGACUACAUUGCAACUCUUCACAAGGUUGACAAGGGCGCAUUCGGUUACGGCUCAUACUUCUCCCUCUCCACUAUGGACAGGCACUUCCGCAGCGACAUGUCUGUUGAAGAAGCCAUCGAACUGGUCGACAAAUGCAUACUUGAGAUCAGGUCAAGGCUGGUCAUCGCCCCGCCAAACUUUGUGAUCAAGAUCGUCGACAAGGAUGGAGCUCGCGAGCACGCUUGGCGUCAGUCUGUACAAGAUGUCACCACUGCUGCUGUCUAAGUCUCUUAUGUUUGUUUUUUUUACUAAUCUGACAUCUGCUUUAAUGUUAAACUUGGAAAAUUAGUUCUCAUAUGACUGUUUUAAAACUUUGAAUUGAAAACAUUUUCCUUGCUAAGUUAUGUAAACGUAAUCAGAUUCUCUCA